AAUAAUUUUCAGCUGUUGCAUGCAGAACAGAGAGGGAAUUAUGCCAUCACUUACAAGACAAAAAAGAAGAUGCCAACACUGUGAUGUCUACACUAAGUUUUAUGAGGAGUUGGCUGGAGUGAUGAACUCAGAGCAGGAAAGGCCAUUCGUGUGCAGCGCCCCUGGCUGUUCUCAGCGAUUCCCCACGGAGGACCAUCUGAUGAUACAUCGACACAAACAUGAGAUGACCCUUAAGUUCCCCUCCAUAAAGAACGACAACAUGUUAUCAGACCAGACGCCCACACCGACACGUUUUUUGAAGAAUUGCGAGGAGGUGGGACUGUUCAGUGAGCUGGACUGCUCCAUUGAGCAGGAGUUUCGCAAGGCCCAGGAGGAGGAGGACAACAAACAGAGCAUCUCACUGCAUGGCCAGGCGGGUCAAGGCCAACACCAGCAGUCCCACUCACGGAUGGCCAACCAUGACACCAGCAUAGUGAUCCAGCAGGCUCUGCCCUCUCCCCAGUCCAGCUCCGUCAUCACUCAGGCCCCUUCCACUAACAGACAGAUAGGGCCUGUCCCUGGCUCUCUGUCCUCACUACUGCACCUACGGAACAGACAGAGACAGCCACUGCCAGCCUCCAUGCCUGGAACGCUGCCAGACCCGACCAUGCCUGGCUCCUCCGCUGUACUGAUGCCUAUGGAGAGACAGAUGUCCAUGGGCUCCAGUAUGAUGGGUAUGCAAGGCUCUGCCCACAGCAGCUCCUGCUCUUCCAGUCACGUUCCCUCCAUGCAUUCAGAGGCCAAACUGAGACUGAAGGCUGCACUUUCACACCACCCGGGUGCCAUUGCCAACGGCAACAUGAACUCCAUGGGUCACAUGAUGGAGAUGAUGUCAUCACGGCAGGAGCAAGGGGCUCACCAUCACAUGCACUCGCACCCGCACCAGCACCUGCAGGCACCUCCACACGCUUACCAACACCACGGCCAUCACCACCACAGCCAGGCCCACAGCCAGAGUGGACACCACCACCCCCAGGGACACAACCCACAUCACAACUCCCACAAUCCUCACCUGCACCCCGGCCAUCCACAUCAAACCUCACCGCAUCCGCCGCUACACUCUGGCUCACAGAUGUCACCCGCAGCCCAGCAGAUGCAGCCAACACAGACGCUGCAGUCUCCGCCUCCCAGUGGCGGGCGUCGCCGGCGAGUAGUUGAUGAGGAUCCAGAUGAACGCAGGCGGAAGUUUCUUGAACGGAACAGAGCAGCAGCAACAAGAUGCAGACAGAAGAGGAAAGUGUGGGUGAUGUCGUUAGAGAAGAAAGCAGAAGAGCUCACCCAAACCAAUAUGCAGCUUCAGAAUGAGGUGACCAUGCUAAAGAACGAGGUGACCCAACUCAAGCAGCUUCUUCUCACCCACAAGGACUGUCCCAUCACCACUAUGCAGAAAGAGUCUCAAGGUUACCUCAGUCCAGAGAGCAGUCCGGCAGGCAGUCCAGCUCCAGCAUGCUCCCAACAGCAGGUCAUUCAGCACAACACCAUCACCACCUCCACCACAGCUGUAGGGGGCAGCAAUGUGCACGGACAGCCCAACCACCGCACAGACAUUAACCCCAUCCACUAGAGACAAGAGAGACUAGAAGCCAGGCUGUAGCCCUGACACCCCCCUCCUCUCCUCCCUUCCCUCCUCCAUCAAGAGAAACCUCUGAGGCCUGCAAGGCCGUUCUUUAUACAGUAGCUAUGUAUUUUUAUAGAACAACCCUAUUAACGCAUAAAUGCUCUAUGGUUUGUUGUCUGUCUAUUUUUUUUAAUCUGUGUUUUUUUUUUUUUUUUUUUUUUAAAUUUGUGCUUAACCGAAAGGGAGUUAUGCUAAAAUCAUACAUCAUUAACAUGUGACUUUUUUUGUUGUUGUUUAAUGGUACAAAACGGGCCACUGUAGUCAUGGCACCGGAGGAAAGGGACAUAAGCGUCAGAAUGUCAUCUCUGCACCAGCCCUUACAUCUCUGUAUGACUGAUGUAUUGAAUAAAUUAGUAAUGGAGUCAGAUCACAAUGUAUGCAUCACAUAUGGACUGUAUGCUUAGUGUAUGCACCAUGUGUGUCCUACAAAGCCUUAGUGUAGUUAACAGGUAGUCAGUGUCAUGGCCUGUACAUGAUCAAACUCAAUAUGGCUGCCUUUAGGCUGCCAUGAUACGUUUUGAAGAUGGGAAUAUGCAAGCAGGUAUUUUUUUUUUUUUUCUAGCAAUGUAUGACUGUUAAACUUUUCCCUGUCAAAGGUAUUCAGAGAACGUUAUCAAAUAUAGCAUGAGGAUGAAAGUACCAUAUGAUCAAAUUGAAGCAAUACAUCCCAGUAUUGAUCAUUGACUCUAUGUCCUCCUUAUGAUCAGCAUGGCCAAGCCAAUCUGGUCGCGAGGACAUACUUUGCUGUUACAGCUAUAUAACUGUACACUGUGAUACCAGUGAGGCAGCUUGGGAGUUGCAGCAAACUCCUCCGUUCUCCAGGACCAACUGAAGCUUUAAUGAAUGAGGCCUCUUUUGUGUGUUAUUGCAACUAAAGAUCCAUUUUUUUGGAUUCAGUGGCAGAUUCCAAAUGAAUAUAAAAUUCCAGUGUGUGUGUGUAUGUGUGUGUGUGUGUGUGUGUGUGUGUGUGUGUGUAGACGUGUUUAUGCUUGCGGGCAUACUUUUAUGCGUGCUCUGUGAAUAUGUACAUAAUGCGCUUGUGUUCAGCCUUCUGUCCUCUGCAGAACAAAGUUCAGCAGGGAUACAAAGAAAGAAGAAUGGGAAGUGUGUGAGUAUGGUGACUGUGAGAGUGAUUUUCUUGACUGAGUGUUUAUCGGUGUGAAUUGAUGAGUAAUUGGAUUGACAUUGUUUUUAUCCCACAACUGGCAUAAGUGUUCUAGUGUUUCUGAAGAGGUGCGGUUUUGCCUCUUGCUUUCCAAAACGUCACAAUGUGCCUGAAUUUUUCUUGUUGGCUUACGGAUGCCAAUUCCUUUGAAUACCUUAAUUAUCAUGAUUUUUCUGUAAAACAAUCAAGCCCAAUCAGUUGCUUUUCACAGACUCAGUUUUACUAUGAAUCAUUACAUUUUAUGUUAUCUGUUAUUGGCUUCGUCAGGGAUGUCUGCUGCAUGUUAGGGUAAAACAGCUGACCAAGGAGAAAACCGCUCAUCUUCCAUUUGACCUCUGACCUCUUGCUCUCUCUCUCUCUCUCUCUCUCUCUCUCUCUCUCUCUCUCUCUCAUGAUGGUAGCAGUAGGUGUAGUGAGUGCAGGGAUUUACCUUUUGUACCCCCCCAGCCUUGAAACUUAUUGCCUUUCUUAUGUUGAACAGAACUCACCUUUCCUUUCCUAUGGCCAGGAAUGUUGAUGUCGAUUUGUUAGCAUGACCAUAAUGCACUGUGUUUUACAGUAGGAGUGAUGAGACACUCUCCACUGGUGGCGAGUUCGCAGAGCUGUCUAUGCACUUUGUCCUCUGUUGUGGCAGAGGGUAGAAUAGCCAUAUUAAGGUCUGAGUAAUUCUCUGUGAUCUCCUCAUUUCACACACCAGCGAGACACUUAACUGUCUUUGGCUUUAUCUAGACUGUGCCUGACAUGGAUCACAUUGUCUGUCUAUAUAAGAAGGGAACCUGCUGUAGGGCUCACAUCCUACACUCAGGCCUUUCAUUAUCAGCUGGGGCUCAGCAAAGAGCCCUGCAACAACUCAGAUCUGUCAGUUAGCGUGUGCCCUUUUGUCCUGAUGAAAUCCAAAAGCUCCAGUUUUGUCAAUGAUGAAGGAAGCUUAUAUAUGAAACUGGAAAUGCUCUUUAUUAUCUUAUGGGUGACAUCGCAGUUUUGUAGUGGCAUUCAGACUGUUUGUGUCAUGUCGAACUCCUGUGUGUGUGUGUGUGUGUGUGUGUGUGUGUACAGUAUACUAUGCGUGCUGAUGAGAAUGAGAAACUAAUUCUCUUUAAAAGGGCUUUCUUGUAGCGACCCAAUAAAACCCUUAAACAAAGGCUUGCCUUAUUUUAUUUUAUUUUAUUUUAUUUUUUUAAAGCAUAUCUAGAUUAUUAGAUCAUUCCAAAUUAACCUCUUGCAUGUGAAAAUGUGGCAAAUGACCUCAAAAUACUUUCAACUGGAAUCAUUAGGAGGAUUUUGCUGUUUUUGAGUUAGACAUGAAAAUCUUUAGUUCAUUUUGGGACAGUGGAUCCAGGUUGCGCAUAAGGAAAAAAAAAGAUAUUUGUCUACUGUAAAAGCAGACGAACAGGACA